GGUCGCUUUCAGGUGGUUCAGCAUUACCAGCUCGCGACGAUAAAGGCGGUUAAAGGCCCACCGAUAUCUGGAUUUAAAUUGAACGAGGUGCACAUCUAUAUUUUCAAAACAGUUCAGGAUUAUUAAUUUUGCGCCGCUCCCGGGAGGGUGAACCGGAUCCGGUUGGACUUCAAUUGGAGCGCUUUUGGAAGAUGAGUUCCACCAGAUUUCAAUUUGACCAGCAGGGUCACAAUGGCCGUCACGAGCGGAUUGACUUCUUAACCGACAAAGAGAAGGGGCCAUCGAAGAGGAAGCUCGGCAUUCUGAUCGGGGUCCUUGUGGCGCUUCUCAUCCUUGCGGCGAUUGCAGCGUUCCUCAUUUGGUUCUUUGUCUUUAAAGAUGCUGAUUCAAAAGCAGCCACUGUUAGUAAGAUGUAUGGCCCAACAGUGCAGGUCUUCAGUGGGCAUAUGAAGCUGGUUGGUGUCCCGUACAAGCAGGAGCUGGAGAAUACCGACAGCGAGGACUUUGAGCUUUUGGCAGACCAACUGGAGGCGCUCCUUGAGGAAAACUACAAGAAAGAUCCACUCCUCGGAAAAUACUACACUAAGUCUAGGGUCACUGCAUUCAGUGAGGGUGUAAUAGCCUACUAUUGGUCCCAGUUUGAUAUUCCAACCGAAGACCUGGAGGUUCUACCGGAGUUCUCAGAAGAGCUGGUGUUGGAGACACUGGAGAAUGGCAUAAAGGAGCAGCGCGGCAUGAGUAGCAAGAGCGAUGUCAAGAUCAGUGAGGUCACUGCUUCAUUCACAGAUCCUCGCAUGACCAGGAGCCCCAGGGCCAACGAGUGUUUCUACCGACUGGAGGCCAAUACAGUGGCACAAAGAUUUUCAUCACCAGGGUACCCAAAAGGCUACCUCCCCAAGUCUCGGUGUCAGUGGCAGAUCCGAGCUUCAGAGGACAACGCCAUCUUUGUCACUUUCCCUUUUUUCCACAUCGAGGAUGACUGCUCUGAUGAUUUUGUCUCCAUCUAUGACUCUCUGAGUCCAGAUGAUUCUCAGGCCAUCACAGAGAAGUGUGGUCAGAGACCCCCCUCCAACCCUCUGGCGGUGACGUCAUCUGGAAACAUCAUGCUGAUUAAUUUUAUUACUGAUUCUGUUGUCCAGAGGCCUGGCUUCGAGGCCGAGUAUAAAGCUAUCCCCAAGUCUAAAGUUAAAACCUGUGGCGGUGUUCUCUCUGAGAAUAAAGGAGUCUUCACCUCCCCACUUUACCCCAGCUUCUAUCCUCCCUCAGUGGACUGCAAGUGGACCAUCAAGGUCACUGUUGGGAAAAAGGUGCGCGUGAAGUUCACCAUGUUCCGCAUGAAAGAGCCUGGGGUAGACAUCCGUGUGUGUCACAAAGACUAUGUGGAUGUUAUGGGCACCAAGUAUUGCGGAGAGAUGUCCUCUUUGGAUCUGACCAGCGAAACCAACGUCCUAGAUGUGAGCUUCCACUCUGACGAGUCUUUCACUGACAAAGGCUUCAGUGCCAUAUACAGCGCGUUCGAUCCUGCCAACCCUUGCCCCAAUAAGUUUGCCUGCGCCUCUGGCAUCUGCAUCGGGGAAGAACUGCAGUGUGAUGGCUGGAACGACUGCGGCGAUAUGAGUGACGAGAUGAAGUGCCGGUGUGAGGAAGAUCAGUACUCGUGUGACAAUGGCCUGUGUAAACCAAAACUCUGGGUGUGCGAUCGCGUCAACGACUGCGGAGAUUGGAGCGAUGAGAAAAGCUGCAGUUGUGGGGAGAAUGAGUGGCGCUGUGGCGACGGGUUAUGUAUGCCUCAGGAUGUUGUGUGUGACCAGAAGAUGGACUGUGAAGAUGGAAGCGACGAGGCCUCUUGUAAAACUUCUCCGGGCAUCUGCUCUGACUUCAGCUUUAAGUGUAUGAACGCACAAUGUGUCAACAAGGUGAAUGCCCAAUGUGACCGUGUUAACGACUGCUCUGAUGACUCCGAUGAGGCAAACUGUGCUUGUGGCACCAGGCCCUAUAAGCUGAACCGCAUUGUAGGAGGGCAGAAUGCUGAGCUGGGGGAGUGGCCCUGGCAGGUCAGCCUUCACUUCCUGACCUAUGGACACACUUGUGGUGCCUCAAUCAUAUCGGCGAAGUGGCUCCUUUCGGCCGCCCACUGCUUUGUCACCAACAGCCCACAGAACCAUGUUGCAUCCAACUGGCUCAGCUACAGUGGCAUGCAGGACCAGUACAAACAGGACGGCGUUGAGCGCCGAGCAAUAAAGAAGAUCAUCACCAAUCCGGAUUACAACCAGAUGACCUUUGACUAUGACGUUGCACUGCUGGAGCUCAGCGAACCGCUGAAGUUCACCAACACUAUCCAACCCAUCUGCCUACCCGCUUCCUCCCACGUCUUCCCUGCAGGCAUGUCCUGCUGGGUCACAGGCUGGGGCGCGCUCCGAGAAGGAGGCUCAAAGGCACAGCUGCUGCAGAAGGCAAUGGUGAAAAUCAUCAACGACACAGUAUGUAACAUUGUCACUGAGGGCCAAGUCACCUCCAGGAUGCUCUGCAGUGGAUUCUUGGCUGGAGGAGUUGACGCUUGCCAGGGAGACUCUGGAGGCCCCAUGGUGUGUUUCGAGGAGAGUGGGAAGUGGUUCCAGGCCGGCAUUGUGAGCUGGGGUGAGGGCUGCGCUCGUCGGAACAAGCCUGGUGUCUACUCGCGCGUCAGCAAGCUGGUAGACUGGAUCAAGAAAGAGACAGGGAUUUGAGGAUGUCGAUAGGAGCAGGGAGGGAUGCAGAGAUCAACAUCAUAGUGCUAAUAUUAAUGGAGAUGGAACAUUUGAGUCUGAUUCAGGACAAGUCUCUCCAAGGUUUAUUCAUUUAGCAGCAGACUGAGGAUACUGUUGCACGGACCCAACCACUCGCAUCAAUGACUUAAAGCACAUAUUUUGGAUUCCAACUUCCAUUUUCCCACUACACACACACACACACACACACACAACAUUUUACUUAGUUUUAAAAAAUGUUAAAUUGAAAACUGGUGAGACGCCGUGAAUGUUGCACUUUGUCAGUGUGCUCAUGCUGUAGAUUGCUAUAAAUAUGGGGUUUUAUUUUGUAAGUAUUUUAAAGUACCACAACUCUCGACUGUAUAUAAAAACAAAAUAAAAAAUGGGGACAUAGGCACAUAGUCACCGGGAUGUCACCUAUUGGUUUGUGGACUGCCAUUUCUCAUAGAUUUAUGACUAUACGAUCAGACUUCUUUCUGCAACCAGAGGAGUCGCCCCCUACUGACUAUUAGAAAUAAUGCAAGUUUGUCAGAAAACACUGCUCCAUUACCACAGACCGGUUUUCACAUAGGAACAUAGCAUUGGUUUCCAGAUUGAUUAAAGCAUUUUAAGCACUUAUCUGCAGGACAGCCAUUAGUCUCAGAUUGUAUUUGUAUAGUACUUUUAGAGACACCAGCAUUAAUGUAAUGCAUAAUACAAGUAUUUAAGAUACAAAAAAUAGGAGAACAAGGAAGGAAAGAUCCAUGCAGGGACAUUUUCAUCCCAUACUAUAAUCAAUGGAAGCCAGAAGCGUAUACAAUGCAUAAAUAAAUCUAAAAGCUCAUGACCGUAAUGUUAAGUAUACCAGAUUUGUAGUCUGUGUGCUAAAACAGGCAAAACCACUAACAUGGAAAUAUGCAAGUAACCCUGAAGUUGUUGUUGAUCUGAACUAGAUCAGUGUUUCUAUGAAAUAUUAACAGAUGCUUACCGGCCUUGCCUGGUCUGUGAAUGAGUUGCCAAAAUGUGAUAUUCAUUAGAUUAGAUCCAGAUGGAUUUUGCACAGGUCUUCCUAGGUAAACUCGGGGUGAUUGGGGUCUUCUUCAGUCAGACACACCUGAGCAAACCAAUGAGGUCUUCACCAGUUUGCUAGAGCAAUGCAAUGAGUUCUUAUCCCAUAAGAGUUUCCUCUCUUUGGUAACAACCAACUCGGUCAACUUUUAAAUCUAGGAUUUGACUGGAUGGACUUAUACUGGAAAUAUUGUCUCCUGGAUAAGCUAACCAAAGAUUUACAUAAGUGUUAUUUAUUGAAGGGGAGAAAUUGGUUGAGGAUGAUGCUCUUUUCUUAAUUCCAUGGAGCCUUACAGUCAAACUAUGCAAGCAUAAAUGUGUAUUUUUAAAAUAUUAGGGACAAGCCACACUUUUUAGAGAGAAGAUAUUUUCACAAGCAUUUUACAGUGUGAUUUGAAAUAUGUGCAUAUUUUAUAAUCUUUUGUUUUAUGCGUUUCAAUACAAAAAAGGCGUCGUAAUAAAGAUCUUUUAUCUACCUAA